AUGGAGUUUGAUGGGGAAGUAGUGAAAUUCGAUGUCUAUGAGGCCAUGAACCGCCCUAGCAUGAUUUCUAAUGCUCCGGAGUUGGAACUCAAACCACAUCCGGAGCAUUUGAAGUACGCUUUUUUUGGCAAAGGAAAUACCUUACCGGUAAUAAUCUCGAGUAAACUCUUGAAGGUAGAAGAGGAAAACUUGGUACGAGUUCUUAGAGAUUAUAAAGAGGUGAGAUGGUUAGAUGGUUCCCACCCGGGUCCAAAACAAGUGGAGAAUCUACAUCGAUUACAGGAAGUUGAAUUCCUUCACUCGGUUUCUCCAGAUUCCAGUGGCACUGGAAGAUUGAGAGAAUAUGACAUUUACGUGUCUAUUUGGCACGUUCACUUACAGAUGGACGCCAUUCAGACUUUACAAUGCACCAGCCACAUUUCAAAGGUGUAUGGUUAUUAUCAGAGGUUUGUUGAGGGGUUCUCAUUGAUUGCAGCUCCUCUAACUAAGCUUCUACGCAAAAAUGUUCAUUUUUUCUUGGCUGAUGAGCAACAAUCAAGUUUUAAGAAGCUCAAGUUUGUUCUGGCCUGGGCUCCUAUUCUGAUACAACCUGAAUUUGGUAAGGAGUUUGUGGUUUAUAGUGAUGCAUCACAUGUCGGGUUGGGAUGUGUUCUGAUGCAAGAUGGGAUCCUCGCUUCACUUCUCGAUUUUGGAAAAAAACUUCAUAAGGCUUUGGGUUCAAGACUGGACUUCAAUACUGCGUUCCAUUCUCAGACCAAUGGUCAAUCUGAGAGGGUGAUUCUGAUACUAGAGGAUAUGCUUUAG